CGCUGGCGGGCAGUGAUGGCGGCCGGUGAUGGGGACGUGAAGCUAGGCACCCUGGGGAGUGGCAGUGAGAGCAGCAGCGAAGGCAGCAGCGGGAGCCUGGGCGGCGCGGGAGCGACAGCUGAAGGGGGUGGCUGGGCGGCAACGGCGUUGGCGCUUCUGACGGGGGGCGGGGAGAUGCUGCUGAACGUGGCGCUGGUGGCGCUGGUGCUGCUGGGGGCCUACCGGCUGUGGGUGCGCUGGGGGCGGCGGGGUCUGGGCGCCGGGGCCGGGUCGGGCGAGGAGAGCCCCGCAGCCGCUCUGCCGCGCAUGAAGAAGCGCGACUUCAGCUUGGAGCAGCUGCGCCAAUACGACGGGUCCCGCACCCCGCGCAUCCUGCUCGCGGUCAAUGGGAAAGUCUUCGACGUGACCAAAGGCAGCAAGUUCUACGGCCCUGCGGGUCCAUAUGGAAUAUUUGCUGGUAGGGAUGCCUCCAGAGGACUGGCGACAUUUUGCCUAGAUAAAGAUGCACUUAAAGAUGAAUAUGAUGAUCUGUCAGAUUUGAAUGCUGUGCAAAUGGAAAGUGUCCGAGAAUGGGAAAUGCAGUUUAAAGCCUUACGUGAGUACAAAGACCAGCCAAGAAAAAUAUGAUUAUGUAGGCAGACUGCUAAAACCAGGAGAAGAACCUUCAGAAUAUACAGAUGAAGAAGAUACCAAGGAUCACAAUAAACAGGAUUGAACUUUGUAAACAACUAAAGUCAGGGGCCUUCAGAACUGCGAUUCUUACUCCCUUUCACAGAAUGUCCAGCGUCUUUGGGUUUGGUUCACGUGCUGCAAAAAAACAUUCAACAGAUUGUGUACAAGCUAAAUGAAUCUCACUAUGAAGUUUUGAAAACGACAUUAUUUAUGCUGCCAAACUCAUUUGUUACAGUUGUUUGUAAUGUCAGUAGGGGCUUCAUCAUCCUGAAAAGGAGAUAGGAAUUAUUUUUUUAUAGAGCAAGAAAGUUACAAGGUUGCUUUUCUUAUUUUUUAAAAAAAUCAAAGACAACCAGAUAUGUAUUUGCUACUUAAGUAUACAAAUCUCAAAAACAACAAGGGAUUCCUAUUUGCUGUGCUGUGCUUUUGUUUUGGUAUUGAGGGAGGGAGGAGACCUGGGCAGGAGAAGGCUGGGUGCAUAUCAAUUUGAGUAGUUUAGGCCAGCGGUCGCCAACCUUUCGGACCUCAUGGACCACUGGUUGGCGACCGCUGCUCCAAAGAUUUCCUUAAAUCAGCAGUCGCCAACCUUUCGGACCUCACGGACCACCGGUUGGCCGCCGCUGGUUUAGGUUACUGAAACAUGCAAAUGUGAAUUCCCAAACUUUUACUUUUGGGUUUUGUCAGUGAAAAGGGGAAAAAACAAAACACCUUUAUUAGUAGGAAAUCUGCAUAUUAGGAGACAGGAUUUCAGGUGGAUUUUAAGUUAAAGUAACCCCAACAGUAAGAUCAUUUGAAACUAGUUUUCAUCCCUUCCCUUCACCUAGAUCAAAUCAAUAUUACUUGUGCCUUAUUUCACUUACAUAGACUUGAAUUAUUUUUAGGGAAAGCCCCUAUGUGAAUUCAGAAGUCACUACAAGCAGCAUUGAGACCGAAGUUGGAAUCUUCUGUUGACUGCAAAACCUUGAUGUCAUUCUGUGUAUAUAGAAUGUAAAAGGAAUAUUCAGUGUUACUGCCAUAUAUGUUAAUAUACACAAACUUAAUUAGCAUUUUAAUGGCCAAAUGCAUUCCCCCAUGCUUUUUUCAAAAAAAUUGAAAACCAAAUCAACAACUCUAUCCCCCAACAGCUCCCUAAUUUUAGGACUCUAACCCUCAUAGCUCACUAGUGUGGGUGCAUGGGGCUGAAGUAUGGAUGUCGUAUGGGUGUGUCUUAAUGUGUGAGAGCGCCUUGGGAGGGACUCUGCAGAUAUGUAAAUACCAGUACUGUUUUAAUAAAGCAUGUAAAAUAAACCAAAAUAA